AUGGACUACAUACGCCUCUUCAUUUUCUCAUACUUGGAGAUAAGACACACCUGCUGCUACGUUGAUCGCCUUGGUCGCCUCUGGCACGAAGAGAGUCCUUAUUUCACCGAAAAACCAUAUCCUCGGUAUUAUUCAACGGAAUUACGGCGCAUCACCAACGAGGACGCGCAUCUACGCGCACGACUGGAAGAGCUUGUACCCGAGCUCAUCUCCCAAUACGACUCUUUCGGAGGAAAGCUCCAAGACUUUGUCAUCGACAUUCUCAUUCCGACAAUGCGUAGAACUGCGAAGGAGUUGAAGGAUGAGGAUAAGGCACUCUACGCGGCGGGGCGAAGAGGAUUGGGCGUUGUAAUGGAUGGGGAUGAAGACGAAACUGAAGGGGAGAGUGGUGAAGUGGAAGAGGAUGAAACGGACGCCGAAGAAGAGUCAGACGACGAGUACUGA